AUGACUGCAAUCCCAGUUGCUGCUUUCUUUGUUAGCAUUUGUCUCUCCUCUGUCAAUAUGGUCAGCUUGUCAGCUGUCAAAUAUCCCAUGAACAGAUUAAAAACUGAAAUUUCUGUCAUUAAGACUCAGAUUGACAAAUUUCAGACUCAACAGCAGAUAAUUAGUCAAACCGAUAAGAGCAUCAUCCCCAAGUUUAACAGACAAAGUUUAAGAGAAACUCUGUGCAGUAAACUUUUGAUGUUUGUGAUUCAGGUUGACUAUGCUCAUACACAGAUGGUUAAUAUGUCUAUAGCAGACAUUUCUUUUCCACCUAAGUCUUAA